CUUUGUUUUCAUUUCGAUUGUAGCUUGUAGAAUAUUUAUUUGUUAAAUUCUUUGUUUACACAUGUCGAAUAGUAUAGAUAAUGUGAGCCGUAUCAUAUAACAGAAUUAGUGUGCCCUUUUCGUAGUUAAUGAUCAAGACGACAAUGGCUAAAAGUCUGAUCUGUGCAAACGAUCUUCGCAAAGAUCAGGAUGAAGAUCCUACAGAUUCUAAGCGUCUACAGGAACAGUAUUCCGGUCUAUGUCAAAAGACGCACACGACAAUUUACCAGAAGCCGUGUUUGGAAGAAUCUACAGAGUCGCACCAGAACUACAACUGGCAAUUGUCCCAGAAGUUGCCUAACAUAUCUUGCCAGGAGGAGAACCAGAUACCGUUACAGAGUCCAGCUCCGAAGUUAUCUGAAGAGACGUACAAGGAAAUUAAUCAAGAAACGAACAGCGAUCUAUUUGUUAAGUUGAGCGAGGAGCGGUAUCAGCAAUCAUUCCAUAACUUAUACCCGAAGUUAUCGGAGGAGCCGUACCACGAAGUGUCCAAGGACGCAUAUUCAGAGCUGUCUAAAGAGCCCUACCAGGAGCUGUCUCCAGCAAAGUAUCGGAAGUUGUACCCGGAAAAGUUCUCCCAUGUGGCAGCAUCUAACGAAAAGUACCCGAAAUUGUGUACAGAAGAGUACGUAAAACCAUGGGCAGACCAACAUGAAAAGUCGUACCAGGAGUUGUCGGAGAAGUCGAAUUCAGAGAUGUACCAGCAACUUUCUGAGGCAGACUAUCCCGGUCAGUCCCCAAAAUUGUGUAUGGAGGAGUACAGAAAUCCCUAUCCAAAUCAACAUCAAAAUCCAUACCAGGAAUUCUUCGAUGAGUCGACUCCAGAGGAUUAUCCGAAAGGAUACCAGGAUAUUUCUCAGGGGUCGUAUCAGCAGUUAUACCAAGAACAGUAUUUGCUUUACAAUGAAGAGUCGACUUCAGAGCUGCCUCCAACGCAGUCUCUAGAAUCUUUGUCUAGGCAGAAAUAUCCCCAAUUAGCUGAGGAGUCUUACCACCAGAUUCCGGAGUUGUCACAUCAAAGUUUCUCUAGGCUGCAGGGCUCCAACCAUUUAAAGAAUUGUUCCAUCAACUUUUACCAGGAAACGAGAAUGACACGGGUUGUUAUUAACAGUGCCCCAGUUCGUAAGUCCGCAGGCAUGGGCUAUUUGCAAACCAAUAAUACCUCGAGAAGACCAGAGGGUAUAAAUCAAGUGGAGAGGCGUAAGGCCAGAGCUUCUCCAUGUGGAAAGUGUAGUUCCCCACAAACUUGCGAACGAAAUAGCAAUCGCAGUCGUUCACCAGCAAAUGCACAGUGUCCACGUGCAGCUGCUCCCCAGCCUUGUCGUCCACCAACUGAUGUCCGUUUCCGUGAUCCGUCUCCCAACGAUCAUCGAUCUCGGCCGAGCCAUGGACCGCGAUCCAUACCAAGAAACGAAACUAAUUGGGAGGCCUACGACGUUGAACCAAAUCAAGCUCAGCAUACCGCAAAGGCACCAAAUUCUUUGGAUACGGCUGGACGACCAAACACGGUUCGAAUGUGCUGUGAAGCCUGCAAUAAUUCAUCACCGCAGCGUUGUGAUAAACCAAAACGUGAGAAGCCACCGCCAAAGCCGUUCUGCAAGCCGUGUAGCUCGCCGAAGCCCAACGCAAAUCGUAAUGAAGCUGCCUCACAGAAUUUGCACGAGCCUAAACAGCCUCCGCCCGUAACGCCUAGGAAGUGUCAUUGCGAUAAGGGAUGCGUUACAGACCCACCACCACCACCACAGCAGUCGCCGAGGCAGUGUGAUCGAGUGUACCCGAAUAGUGAACCAGCCGAUUAUAGCGGCUGUAGCAACUCGUAUGGUGCAGCCCCGUCUAAAGGGCCUAAUCACAAUUAUCAUGAGGCGACCCAUGGCAAUUUACAGCUUUGUCCGCGUUGCGAAACUCUCUUCGAGCCCAGAUCGACUAGAGCGGAGAGCAACCAAUCAGAAUACGAGUCAUACUUGGGCUUAGUGCCCUGUCCUAGCUGCAAUGAUUGCGCAUUAGCCGCACCGGUAAAUGAAUUGGAGUCGAAUGAAUCAUGUGACUAUACGGAAUAUGUAAUCAAGAAACGAAAUACCGUGGUCAGUCCAGCCAGCGAUAUCGCUUGCAUGAAUCCCUCGUGUAGCAAGGCGAAACGGAAGAAACCGAAAAUUGAUUAUAAUGUUUACGGCUAUCGACCCUGUGAGGCGCCACAGCGCAUCGAACAGUCAUUCUGCAUAGACGACUGCAAAGUGGACUACAUGGAGCUACAAUCCGGUAGCGGAAGAUUUUUUAAAAAUCCCAUAACUGUCUCUAGUUGCAAUUGCAAUAUGCAGAAACGGAUUAUACCCGAAAAGAGAAGAAAAUCUGCAAUACCGUUCUGUGAAUAUACUGGCGGCCGAGCGCAGGACAUGAAUGAUAGACGAGAGCCCAGCCCUGGCUUACCCCCACUCAACAAUAAUGCCUGCUGCACGAAUUUUGUGCCCGCGCAGUAUUUCCAGGAGAGCAGCAGUUCACCCAAAAGAAAUCACAGAUUCUCCUCGGGACUAGCGCCUAGGUCCUCCAGCAAUACCCAGCGCUCACGUAGUCAGCCACCCAGCAACUCUUUUACGCCCAUAAUGCCAGAGAGCAGCUUGCAUUUGACAAAGCGACGCUUCAAGCUACCCAAACGACGUCUUUCUGGCUGCGGCCUUAGCAUGAAGAAUCGUCGCUUUUUCCCAUUCAAACUUUAUUCAAACCUAAUGCCAAGUCAUCAAUCGAUUUUCACGCUGAAGUCUUAUCGUACGCCCAUAGCUAAGCCCUGCACUUUGCCGGUGUCGACCAAGGCGCUGCGUUUAUCCGAAUGCCUGUGCCACAAGUGCAAGCAGCGGUGUCGCGGUGGCAAGCUGACAGCGAGUACGAAUAGCUCCUACAGCACCAGAACUACGAAAGUUUCCAGGCCUAGGCUAGAGACUCAAACCGCUGCUAAUCGAUCCAGCCAGGCCUCUAGCUCCAAGCCCAAUCGAACCCAAUCGACGGCAAUAAAACGCGAGAAGGUCUCAAUUCAAACACAAACCCCUUCACACUCUAAGCAUUCACGAUCUUCGCGUUUUCGCGAUCAGUUCUCCCAGGCCGCAAUCAGAGCUAAGCCACGCCCAGAUCUACCCGCCAGAUAUCAGCUCCAUUCACAGCAUCAAAAUAAUUCCAAAUCAACUUCUCGCGCAGCAACUCGUAAUACAUCGGUGUCCGGGCGGGAAAAAACCGAACAAACUCCAAGGCGACAACAACAACAACAAAAGGGAGUAGCUGAAAAGCCGCAGAAUCGAACGGACGGAACUACGGCACCAAGACAGGAGCAAUCACUAGAGAUUGGGCAAGCUCUGGAGCCAAAACGUUUGCUGGAUCAAGAGGCGGAGGUACGGCUAGUGCAGUACCAAAUGGACAGCAAGAAGAAGAGCUCCAAGCAAACACCACGUCCGCCACAAGUGCCGGAUGACCCAGUGCAGGUGGUGCCACAGUUCCAUAUGCAGUCGCAUGGCAGUACCGGAUGCAUGGGCACAAGCCUCCAUCAUUUCUAUCGUGGCAGCUUUCUGUCCAUCCGUCCCACGCUACCGUCGGAGAAUACCCAAGUUGCCACCAGGCAACGUCACUCGCUCCUGCAUGUCGCGGAGAGCAUACUCAGGCCAGACAUGAUGCAGUUCCCCCAGCCGCGGUGCUCGUCCUUUGUGGUGCCCAACAAAUGGCAGGGUCUUGCCAACUUGAAUAGCUUUAUCGGCGCCACGGCGAUUGUCGACCUGGAAACCAUGAACGCACGACGCACUGGCAACAAAAACGGCGGCUGGUUGCGGUCCUGGCGCAAGCUCCUGCCCAAUUGGCUGAGCCAUAGCAAAAUAAAGACAACGAGUGCAUAGCCAACGCUGUCAGAAAAUAGA